AUGCAAUCCACCCUAAACUCUUUCCCAGAAUCUGUUUCAAUGCCGGCUUCUCUUCCAACUGGGAAAUCAGAAUAUCCUCACAAGUUCGCUGUAGCUUCAGAACUAUCUAUCAAUGAAUCGGCUUGCCUUGCAUCUUUAUCAGUAGCCUGCCUCGCAAUAAUAGCAAAUGCAUUCUGUAGCGAUGGAAAGCCUCUUGUCGCGUCUCUCGCAUUUAGUGGACUUGCAUUUUCUAUGUCUUUCUCAAUGAUACGAUGGCUAGGCCCCACAUUCGUUCAGGCGGGUCUGAAAGGAAAGGACAUGUCUAAAUUACGCCCGAAAGAACUCCCUGAGACAAUGGGUGCAGUUUGUGCUGUUGUCUAUCUCUUGGUAGUGAUUGUCUUCAUACCAUUACCAUUUUACAAAGAUAUUGUAGCUGCUACGUCAGGAGGAGGAAAUCGUGACAUCGUGGUUGAGCUAGAACUCGAGAGUGUACACACUGGAAGACUUUUACACAAGUUCCCACACAGCAAACUAGCUUCUUAUCUAUCAGCCAUUCUGUCACUCCAAUCAGUUUCCAUUUUAGGAUUCUGUGAUGAUCUUUUCAACAUCAGGUGGCGACACAAGUUCUUCAUACCUGGUAUCGCCAGCAUACCAAUGCUCAUAGUCUACUUUGUAGAUUUCGGGGUUACUCAAAUUGUUGUUCCAAUACCAUUUCGGCCAUACCUAGGGGGCCUCUAUGACCUCGGCGUAUUUUACUACAUUUAUAUGUUCGCUGUGGCUAUAUUUUGUCCAAACAGCAUAAAUAUACUAGCUGGAAUAAAUGGUAUCGAAGUUUCGCAAUCCUUGGUUAUAGCUCUCUUGUUGGUACUAAAUGACUGCCUCUACCUGCUAGUGCCAUAUCAACAUCCUGCAACAGAUUCCCAUCUAUUCUCGCUCUAUAUAAUCUUACCCUUUGUUGGGGUCUCAUUGGCGCUAUGGUGGCACAAUAGGUACCCAUCUCGCGUUUUUGUUGGCGAUACCUACUGCUACUUUGCUGGUAUGGUGUUCGUCGUCGUUGGUGUUCUAGGCCACUUCUCCAAAACCCUUCUCUUGCUAUUUAUUCCGCAGAUUUUCAACUUUAUCUACUCGGUUCCCCAGCUUUUUCACAUCGUUCCAUGCCCACGUCAUCGCCUCCCGCGUUUUAACGCCCUCACAGGACUUAUGGAGUUUUCAGUGGUCAAGUGGGAGCGUGCCCCUUCUGCACCAAUCACGAUAAUGGUAAAGCUUCUCCAUAAUUUUCAUCUGGUACAUAUAAAUACCGACAGCAAUGGAGUAAUCACUCAAAGUUCGAAUUUUACACUGUUAAACUUGUGGUUAUUCUGGUUCGGACCAAAGAGAGAAGAUAAACUGACAAGAGAAAUAAUACUCCUUCAGUGUCUAAUUGGGUUAAUGGGACUAUUCGUAAGGCACAACUGCGCUUUGUUGAUAUUUGAAUCAGACAAUCUGGGAGUAUAA